AAGACGAGGGAACGACACGAUGGCGUUCCAACCUUUAAACUAAAUACGAAUAAUAUCGCGUUUGAUGGAGAAGGUGCGGCUGUGUUUAGACUAGCUCUGUGUUCCUAAUCAGCACGUGCCUGUACACACACAUGCUGUUUAAUCGCCUAAACAUCGUUACUAACUGUUUGUAUUCGGAUACAUUAGUAACGCUUAGCUUGCUAGUUAGCUUAGCUUGUUAGCUGCUAACAAAGAGACGCGGACGUUAUCAACACAUCGCUAAGUAGAGAUCAAAUGUGAGUGUAAAGUGUUGUGAUUGUGUGGAAAAUGUGCGAAAGGACGAUGGCAAAGUACGAGGAGGAACUUUGUCCGACAAAAGAGGAGAAGGAGCGACAACAGCAACUUCUGGACGCUUAUUAUAAGAAACAUCAUCAAGUUGUGUUACACAGAACAGACAUCCAGCAGCCUCCUCACAUUAAAGAGGAGGAUCCACAGCCCCCUAACAUUAAAGAGGAAGAGGAGGAAGUGUGGAUCACUCAGGAGGGAGAGUGUCGUCUAGGGCAGGAGGCGUCUGAUCUCAGCAAGUUUCCACUGACUGUUGUCUCUGUGAAGACUGAAGAGCAUGAAGACAAACCACCUGAGUCCUCACAGCUUCAUCACAGUCCAGAACAUCUUCUACCUGAGGAAGAGGAGAGGAGCUUCAGGAAGGAGCAGGGAUUGCCACAGCUCUCCCACAUUAAAGAUGAAGACGAUGCACCAGAGACCCUUCACUAUAAAAAGGAAGCGAAGGACCUGCUGACUUACCACAUUAAAGAUGAAGAGAAGGAACACAGCAUCAGUCAAGAGGGAGAGCAUUUUGAAGGACUGAAGGAGUUCUCAGUGACUGGUGUCCCUGUGAAGAGUGAAGAUGAUGAGGUCAAAGGUGAAAGUGAGGAGAAAAGCAGCAGCUCAACACAACACAUGACAACAGAAACUGAUGGAGACCACCAUACUUGCCAACCCUCCCGACAAUCUCCCGGGACAACCAUUCUCCCGAAUAUCUCCCAAUUUCCAGCCGGACAACAAUAUUGGGGGCUUGCCUAUAUAGCACGCCCGCUCCAGGUCCAUGCGGACCAGAGUGAGGACAGCCUGUCGUCACGUCCACUUUCCCUCCAGAUAAACAGCGCGCCGGCCCAGUCACUUUAUAACAUCUACGGCCUUUGGAGAGUGCACAACAAGGAGACGACGAAGCGGAAGAACGAAGAAGAGACAGUCAUGGCGACGACGAGUAAGAAGAAGAAGUACGCUUGCCCGUUGCAAAAUGAUUGGAAACAAGAAUUUCAGUUCAUCCAGGACAGCUCGAAGGGGAAGGAGUAUGUUGCCUGCAAAUUCUGUAGAUCAGACUUCUCCAUUGAACACGGUGGACGAACGGAUAUACUCAUUCAUGAACGGUCAGCGAAUCACAAGGCGGCGGCAACGCAGCCCAGUAUUAUGGGCCACCUCGCUAAAUGGAGACCCGAGGGUGUAACAUAUGCCGAGACAAAGAUGUCUAUGCUGAUAGCUGCGAGUGACAUCCCGUUCUCAUUUGCGGACGUUUUCAACAAAUCCGUGAAGGAUAUGUUCCCGGAUUCAGAGAUCGCUCGCCAGUACUCAAAUUGCAGAACAAGGGCUACUCAAAUAAUGAAAGGUGCCAUUGCCCCGGAAUUGGACAAGGAAGUGAUCGAACUGUGCCAAAACCAACCCUUUGGUCUGAUGUGUGAUGAAAGCACAAGCAGAGACACGGAUAAAGAUUUUGUGAUAUUGGCCAGGGUUUGCGAUCCGAAAACUCAGGAGGUGGUGACGAGGUUUCUGCACAUGUCAGUGUGCAACAUUGGCACAGAACAGAACCUCUUUGAGUCACUGAACACAGUGCUAAGUGACAGACAAGUUGACUGGAGAAACGUUGUGGCAUUUAAUAGUGAUAAUGCCAGUGUCAUGAAGGGGAUGCACAAUUCUGUUGUCAGUAGAAUCAAAGACAUGCAGCCAUCCCUAAUUGACAUGGGAUGCAUCUGUCAUCUGGUCCAGCUGGCCACAGGAUGUGGCAUUAAAGCUCUACGCCAGCCUAUUGAAGACAUCCUCAGCAGUAUAUAUGCUCACUUUGACAUUAGUGCCAAACCUUGUAAAAUCUUCAAAGAGUUUGUGGAGUUCACAGACUCAGAAACUCUGAAGAUACUCCAACACUGUGAAACCAGGUGGCUCAGCUUGCUGACUUGCAUAAACCGCGUGCUCAACCAGUGGGAUGCACUGCAGGCAUAUUUUGCCGGUCAUGAGGAUGUGGAGAAACCUGGCAAAGUGAAGAUGCUGGCAGAGCAUUUAACCAGCAAGGAGACAAAGUUCUUCUUCCUCUUCCUCUCCCAGGCUCUGAAACCACUGGCAAAGUUCAAUGUUAUGUUUCAGGCUGAAGGAGUGAUGGUUCAUAGGCUGCACCGGGAGAUGACCAGCCUGGUGAGAAGAUUAAUGGGAAGAUUUCUCCCUGCCAGCCUUAUUGCUGAUGUCCCACUGAAGGACAUCAAGUUCAAGGACACCAGCCUACAGUUGCCAGACAGCGAACUCUUUCCUGGAGCAGCUGCACAAAGCCUCUUGGAGGACAACAUGGAUAAACUUUCCUCCUCUGUCCCAAUGAUGAUCAAGGCAGUGAGAGACUUCUUUGUAGCUGUGACUACAAAGAUGAUGACCGCAUUCCCCCUCGACAACAUCAUCCUCCAAAACCUGACCGUGUUGGACCCAGAGUCACGACAUCGAUUUUCCCCAAACUCAGUUAUAGAGCUAGGGAAAAGUCUGCCGCAGCUGCGAUUGGACCUGGAUAGACUCCGGGAAGAAGUAGUGGAGUACCAAGUGCUUGGCAGGGAAGAUCUUCCUCAGGAAGCAAGGAUUGACCGGUUUUGGGCCAUGCUUGGGAGAGAUGGAAAAUUCCAGACUCUGGUGCAUUUGAUGAAGGCACUUUUGUGCGUGCCACACAGCAAUGCAUCAUCAGAGAGGGUGUUCAGCAUGGUUAGAAAAAUAGUGACAGAGAAUAGAACAAAGAUGGACAAUUCAACCCUAAACUCACUCCUUUCCUGCAAAUUAAAUUUCACAGGUGCUGCCCAUACCUAUGCUCCUUCAAAGGCUGUGCUACUCGCUGCACAGCAUUGCACUUUCCAAUACAACAACGAGUAGAGGAGUGUUAUGUGUGUGCGUAUAUGUGUAAAUAAAUGAACACUGAAAGUCAA